AUGUGUAAUUUUGGGUCAGAUGUCGAUGCUGAUGAUGAACCGGUGGAUGUUUGGGCACAGUUGGUAGAAACACAAUUUCCAUAUAUCAAAUUUUCAUCACUUGAUCGCCACUCAAGAGGUGAGCCAGCACACUGCACAAACGCCCAAAGAUGUUUGAUCAAUCUUGGGCCAACACCCAAUGCCGAUUCUUCCAGCGGUGAGAAGAGAAUAGAUGAAGCUAUCCUCCUAUCCUAUGCUUCCUAUGCUUAA